AUGAAAUAUCAGUCAAAUGGCAUACCAAAUGCAUCAAGACUUCCUAAUAGCAUAAAAUUUAUAUUUGGUGGGGCUGCUGGGAUGGGUGCUACAUUGAUUGUUCAACCUUUAGAUCUGCUAAAAAAUCGCAUGCAAUUAAGUGAACUAACGUCAAAAAAGUACCGUUCAAGUUUCCACGUUCUUAGGAGUAUAGUUGCAAAGGAAGGGUUUUUUGCCAUUUACGAUGGUUUAUCUGCAGGUCUUCUGCGUCAGGCUACAUAUACGACAACCCGUCUUGGUAUAUAUACUUGGUUGUUUGAAAAGUUUUCAAAUGAUGGGAAAAAGUCAAAUUUUGGUACAAAAGCUGCAAUUGGUCUAGCAGCUGGUGCAGCUGGGUCCUUUGUUGGUACUCCCGCAGAUGUGGCACUUGUUCGAAUGUGUGCAGAUGGGCGACUUCCUCCACAGCAGCAGCAUAAGUAUAAAAACGUUUUUGAUGCAUUGGUACGUGUAGUUCGAGAAGAAGGAUUUUUCAAACUCUGGAGAGGUUGUGGAUUAACUGUUCUUCGUGCAAUGGUAGUGAAUUCAACGCAACUAGCAACCUACUCAGAAGCUAAAGAAGCUUUAUUAACGACACAAAUUUUUGGAGAAAAUGUCAUGUUACAUUUUGUAGCCUCGAUGAUAAGUGGUCUUGCAACGACGGUGACUUCAAUGCCAGUAGAUAUUGUGAAAACUAGAGUACAAAAUAUGCGCAUAGUUGGUGAGAUGUCAAAACAUUAUGGGACAUUGGAUGUUUUGUUCAAAGUAAUACGUAAUGAAGGAUUUUUUUCGUUGUGGAAAGGUUUCACACCUUAUUACUUUCGGUUGGGUCCACACACGGUAUUAACAUUUAUUAUACUGGAGCAGCUUAAUGCUUUUUAUUUUAAUCACAUAUCAGAAGUAAAACAGACUCGAAGCAUACUUUGA